CCAGGCACUCAGUCAGUGAGAGGCAGGCGGACUGUGUGCAACCACCGUGAACACCGCACAACUUCCCACCACGUUUAAACACCCAAAUCUGAGGCACCAUGGAGCACAUCUACGACGAUGUCGGUGAGGAAAAUGAGCGCGGCCAGCAGCGUGGUGGAGCCCGCAGUCCCGACCGAGAGCCCAGGUAUGAGAACACAGGCGUAGACAGGGACCAUCUGUACAGCGAGGUGCAGGUCCACGUCCCGGCUGGUGGAGAACGCGGCUCCCCCGACUACAUGGAGAUCAGAGACGGCGACAAACGCAGCUCCUCGUCCUCGUCCUCCUCCUCCUCCUCCAGCGACGACGAGGAAGCCAGGCCAGGGACCCCGACGGACGAGCAACACGUCGCAGUGACAAUGGAGAUGACACCCGAGGCGGAGGUGGAAACUGCAAACGAAAGUGGGCACGACAGCUCCAGGCGCUCGUCAGUCUCCUCUCACUCCUCCUCCUCCUACCAAGGAGACCCCUGUGAUGACCCUCCGAUCCAAAGAAAUAUCCAGGACGAGGAUAACGCAGAGGACGGGAUGCUGAUGUCUUACACUCAUCCCAACACCGUCCCGGAGAAGGGCAACUCUGUGGACUACAGCCUUAAAACUCAGGAGAACGUCACCCUGAAUGAGAGCAGCAGGGCCCCGGCGGACCCCAACGAGCCUAAAGUCUCCCUCUUUGUCAAGGCAGGAAGUGAUGGAGAAAGCAUCGGCAACUGUCCCUUUUCCCAGCGUCUCUUCAUGAUCCUCUGGCUCAAAGGAGUGGUGUUCAACGUCACAACUGUUGACCUCAAGAGAAAGCCAGAAGAUCUGCAGAGGCUGGCUCCGGGGACCCACCCUCCUUUCCUAACCUUCGACGGGGAUGUCAGGACCGACAUCAACAAGAUCGAGGAGUUUCUGGAGGACGUGCUCUGCCCUCCAAAGUAUCCCAAACUGGCUGCCAGGCACAGAGAGUCCAAUACAGCUGGAAAUGACAUCUUCGCCAAGUUCUCCGCCUUCAUCAAGAACACCAAACCGGAGGCCAAUGCCACUCUGGAGAAAGGUUUAACCAAAGCCCUGAAGAAGCUCGACGAUUACCUCACAAGCCCCCUGCCUGAGGAGAUCGAUGCAAACAGUAUGGAGGAAGAAAAGAGCUCCAACCGGAUGUUCCUGGAUGGGAAUGAGCUCACUCUGGCCGACUGCAAUCUGCUGCCCAAACUGCACAUAGUCAAGAUUGUCACCAAGAAGUACCGCAACUACGACAUCCCGGAAGAAAUGACAGGCGUGUGGCGGUAUCUGAAGAACGCCGAGUCGCGUGAAGAGUUCACCAACACCUGCGCCGACGAUGCAGAGAUUGAGAACGCCUACAAAGACGUGGCGAGGAGACUGGCCAAAUAACUCUUCCAACCCACCCGAGCUCCAGCACAAUAAACUAGCAACACACAACAUGCAUAAACAAACAGAAAAUUCCACUAUUCCCACCUAUCUUUCAUGUGACGGUCUGCAGAAACACAAGAUCUUUGACGUUUGCAGCUCCAGAUGUGACGGGAUUGCAAUAAUUCUGCGCUCUCGUGUACAUAGAUGGUAUUUCAAUCACAUCCAGCAGACAUGGCAAAACAGGAGCGGAGCAGAAGAUAGAUCGAAUCGUGUUUAGCUUGAUCCAAAGCCAGCCUCAAACGCUUGCGCCCGUGAAACUUCUGACAAAACUCUUUUCACUCGAAACGUGAUUGUGCCUGUCCUUUAAACAUUCCUCACAAGACAAAGCCCUCUUUCAUACGUACUCCUCUGCGCGGCCAAAACAUUUCACUAGCUGCUGAUGUCAAGGUUGUUCGCUUUAUUUAUUCCCCGAGCCCGCAGAAGUCUAGCCUGACUCCUGUGUUUAUUAUCGAGCUCUGGCUCCUGGGGAGACACCUUGUUUCAUCUGUGAUGGAUGAUUAACGCCCAAAGCUUUCAGAACACGACGGCUCCAAUUCUCAGCUCCAGUCGUCCGUAAUUCCUCUUGAGUGUUGCUACAAUAAUUUGAGCGUUUGUUUUUAUUUUAGCUUAUGCGUGUCUUGAGAUUCACUCCUACUCUUGUUUUAAUGACCCCCCCUCCCCUCCCUUACCUCCCCCUCCCAGAAAAUAAAUGAACAAACUCUUGCUGGUGGAGGCUUUUAGAGAACAAAGUUGAAGUUUGAAUCGCUUACAUCCGCUAACCUUUCAUAUCUGAAGCCAGUGUGUUGGACAUCUUUAGAUAUGACGACCGCUAAACUUUGUCCCCGUUGUUCAGAAAAGAAUCAGAAACACACGCCGAUGUCACCGGUGGAUCCCGCUGGGAUGAAUGCAUUGCCGCAAGGAUCUAAAGCUUGCAGUUUUCCCCUCCACUUGUUAGAAUCCAGCUGAGGUAUUGAUUUUGUCUCAAGUUACCUCGCGGUAUUAUAAAUGGGGAGACUAUUUAUUUAGCAGUCCAAUCAGGUCUGAUUAGGUAGAGCCAUUAGUGGUGCGAUGAAAACCAUCUUCCAGACCAGUUCCACGCUGGUCAGAAAGCCCUGCCCUCCAGCCCCAUACUCCGAUGAGUCCAUCAACAUCUCCGGCUCAAAAGUUCAGGUUUAUGAGUUUCAGUGUCCACACAGAGGAGAAUGGAAACCUGUCUCGGGGCUUGCUGUUUUUGGCUUGCUGUAAGGUUGCAACUAUAGUAAGACUUCCUCGAAGAGCCAUAAGGCUUUUGUAUGGUUUGGACAAACACAUGAUGUGAAAUCGGAGCUUGACGACUGAGAGGGUUGCGCACGGUGAAGCUCUGCAAAUAAAAUAAUAUUUUCACAGA